GUGUGAGGAUUUGGCAGUAGUUGAUAGUAAGGAGCGAGAGAUGGCGGCAGUGUUGGCAGAGUGAUGGCGGACACCCACACCAUCAUGACAGAGAGUGACAUCCCUCCAGCUGAACGGGAACAUCACCCACACAAAGACCAGGCUCUCUACACCUUGAAGGUUCUAAGCGCAGUGCGAGAAGCUCAACUUACUCAUGGAUUACGACACAGUGAUUAUCAGUUGUAUAGGCAGUAUUGCAGCAGGCGGAUACGUCGUUUACGCAAGAAUCUCGAUUUUAUCCAGGGUGAUAGAAAAAACUUUCGCAAGAAGAUUGUGACAGUAGAUGUUAUUAAGGAUGAUAGGUUUCUCUAUAUUCCUCUUAUGACAAUAGAACGCUAUUGGGCGUAUGCAAUGCAGUUAAAAGAGGAGAGCCAGCAAGAUCCUCGGAAAAAGUUUUCAAUGCGUAACAAACUUCGAAAUGCUGCAAAAUAUGUUGCAAAUUUUGAAAAGCUUGUCGAGGAGAGUGGAGUGUGUGAUGCAAGAACGCAACUGGAGGUGCAAGGAUACUCAGCCUGGCUACAGGGUACUGUAUUAUUUGAAUUGGCUGACUGGACUCACGAGUGGGCUAAGCCAGUUGAAUUCUUCAAUAAGGCCUUAGCAAUCUAUAGCAAGUUAAAAGAUGCAGUUUCAGAGGAUGAAGUGGAGGUGUAUGCUGGCCGGCUGCAGGAGCUGGAGGUUAAACUAAGAUUUUGUCGGCAUCACCUGGGAGACAGAUCUGCCACGGAUACGUUAUUAGCCAUGCGAGGAAAUGAAGCUCUUGGCGACAAGCUAGAUAAUCUGCUUGUAGCAGCUCGGGAGAGACAGGCAGCUACAUUGAGUGAAGUGACCUGGAAAGGCCGUACUGUAGCAGUCAAACAUGAGAAAGUUCGUCUCUUCUUGCUCAAUGAGGGUCUGAUCCAUGAAGAAUUGGAUAAAACCACCAGUGCAGAUGAGCGUGUUGAAAUGUUGGACAAACUGUUGAUGGAGUGUAAAGAUGCCCUCCAGUUGGUGCGAGAUGACCUUAAGAAUGAUCCUACCUUUAAACCCAGACAAUUGGCCACUGAGGGCCCAGUAUCACCUCUGCACUUUCUUCAUACUUACUUGUCAUAUCACCGACUCAACCUCACUGUUCUCCGCAAUGUUGCUCUUGUAGAAACAUACCAGAAGAUUGUCUCUGGGGAAAUUACGGUUGAAGAUGGAAAAAAAGCCCCCAAGUUGCAAGAUUUGGUACGUUUGCAAGAAAUUAUCAUCCAAAAUCUGAAAGAAAUUACUCAUUUGGCUGGAUUAGAAGAUGAUUCACAAUUAAAGCAAAGCAUUGAGGCCCAGAUAUCAACCUACAAAGCUCACAGGUGUUAUUUUGUGGCUGAGAGUUUUGUCAAGAUGGAAAAAUGGGCUGAGGCGCUCGUUUUAUAUGAAAGAACGUUAGCCCACAUUAAAGCUGCAGACAAGAGUCAGAUGAAGCCAUCAAUGGUGAAAGGACUUGAAAAUUUGUCUGCAUUGGUAGAUAGCAAAAAGUUUACUGCCCACGCACAAGCAAUUCUUGCUUCAGACUCUUCAACUCCUAAUGUAACAAAGCUUUCAAUAAAGGACAAGAAGAUGCUUAUCGACCGUUUGGACGAAUAUGUUGAAGACCCAAGUUUGACUUCUAGCAAUGCUUGUGUAGUUCAAGUGCCAUCACCCAUGAAGUCCGUGCCAUGUAAACCCUUGUUCUUUGAUCUUGCUCUUAAUCAUGUUGAAUUUCCUUCACUCGAUGAUAAAAUUGAAACUAAGAAGCAAGCACCGGGAGCAUCUGUUGGUGGCCUUACUGGCUUGGUUAAAGGUCUCUGGGGUGGAUGGGGUAGCAAAAAGUAAUUUUAUUUUAUAAUGAAAAAAAAUAUUUAUCUUUAAAGGUUGCUAGUAUUUUUGUUAACACUACAAAGAAUGCUUUGGAGUUAUUAGUAUUGCAGAUGCUUGUGGGAUGAAUGAACUGUAUGAUUAUGAAUAAGAAAUUUAUUGUAGAAGAGUUGCUGAUUGGUUCUUCAAGAUAUGAAAGAUAUUGUUUAUGAUGUGCCUUCUGCUGAUUUUUUGUAAUAAAAAGUGACCCCUUGGGUACAAAUCUUACACUUAAUCUUUUACAAUAGAAACAAAGGUGAUUCUGAUAAAUAAGACACUACCCAGUGUGGUUUGCAUUUAAUAUAAACUUAUAUUUUUUUUAUAUUUUUUCAAGGCUGCCUCUAAUUACUUUAUUCAAGAAAAUAAAAGUGUAAGAUUUUUUUUACCAGAAAAUAAAUUAUGGCAGAAUUGCCUAAGUUCCAGAAAAGUAGCCUCUUGUCUGAAAAUAAAUGGGUAUGCAAUGAAUCUUAUGAGGAGUCAGGAUGUAGGAAUUAUCCUGUCAGUGUAUUACAGAAAUUGAUAUUGUUCUUCACUAUAAGAAUGCUUUGAAGGGUAAUAUCUUCAUUAAUUUAUAUUCAAAAUAUUGUUGAGAAAUGUUAAUAAAUUGUUAAGCAAUUGGAUCAUUUUGAUAAAAAAUAGCUGGUA